AUACAAUACAAGAAUCUCCUUUACCACAAGUUGGAACCGAAUGAAAGUGCCGUGCGACCCUCUUUAUAAAGCUCCAGAGAGGAGCCACGGAGGCGGUGAGACACAUCCAAAUUCUAGAGACUCAAGGAUCGUCUCUUGA